CGUUACAUGAUAUUACAGCUAGUGUUAGCGUCACGUAUGGUUUGAUAGGAGUCCGUUAAAGAGCAAGUGAAUCCCAGAGAGCACCUCACCUGCACUUUCUCAAUAAUUUACCUCACAAUGUUAAGCGACCUUUGAAUGGAAUAUGACGAUAUUUACAUGAUUUGCAUACAAAACUGAACUACUCUGACCUUCUGACGUGUCAAUGCAAAUAUUAUGCAAAUGACAUUUGUCCGGUUGUCUCAACAGUGAUAUAUUCCAUAGUCUCUUUAACAAAUAAUUACAACACAACAGGAAUAUAAAUCAGAUGUGAUGCUCUGGCUGGCUCUGUUCAUUUGACAUGUUUUAUCAAGUAGCUUCCUUAUGCUCUUACUAUCAACACAUACACACUUGCUGUUGCUGAUAGAGUGCUGGGUGGUGUGUUAUAUAGACGGAUGCCUUCAUCACAUCUCUGUGCUCCUAAAGCUGUUUAGUGUUUAGUCAGGAGCUUAAGUGUGCAAGAAAACCAUCAAAAAAAACAUCAAAUCCAUCAACGUGGUUGGAUGUAAGGACAUGUGUAUCUUUUAAAAGGAAGAACACAAGCUAAAGCACACAGAAAAGAGGAACCAGAAUGAUUUUUACUGAAUAACUGUCCUCAUUAACAGCUGUUCCCGUGAAGAUGGAUGAUCUGGAGGCUUCAGGAGACCCAGAGGGAGAAAGCAGUGGCUACUUAACAGGAAGGAAGAAGGCUAGGUUGAAGUCUUUUAAGUCACUUGUGUUUGGGAAGAUGAGGAAAGAGGAUGAUGGUGGUAUGAAGCUGAGUCGGUCUGAAAGUGACAUCACAAGGAGUGUGGAAGACUCAGAGGAAGUGUUCACAUUGUCAACAUGGUUUGACUGUUGCAAAGGCAUGCUGUGGUCCCGGGCAUUUUCACAUGACAGCAUUUUUCAGGCAGAGUGCAGUCAUUCAGACCCUGAACCACUGAGAACCCUGUCUCAAGAGCACAUUCCAGCUCUGCAGAUGAAACUCCAGCAGCAGAAGCAGCAUUUAGGAGCUCCCUCCCUUCUGUUGCUCUUUAAACGGCGUGAAGUCUUAGGUGGAAGUUCAGGAGAUGGCGGCCUUUCUUGUAACCCCUCUGAAGCAUCCCACACUGAAGGACUAUAUACGAGCAUAUCGAACAAGUUUUCCGUCCCUCCAAAGAACCAUAGCACCUUGAGCUUAGCUGAAACAGGAAGUGAGGAGGAAGAGCAGGCCUCUGUCUCAGUGGAUUUUAGCACUCCCCCACAGUUCACUUCCCUUCUGAACAACUCAGCUGCCCGUCACCGUAUGUCCCUCAAGCCUAAGAACCAAAGAGCCAGUGCCAAGAACAGGAGGGCAACCAUUACGGCUGGAAGCAGAGCCCGAUCUGAGAGUCUGAACAAUCUGGAUCAAUCGUUGAAUGCUACGGUGGAUGAGACUCUCGUUAAAGAGAUACCCCACGCUCGCUCGUAUUCUUCACAGGUCUUACAGGGGGAGAGGCUAAUGACUUCACAAAUCAAUAGUCCACUUCCAGUGUCACCUUUAAUGCGUCUGCAUACUUCUGGAGACAGUAGAAAGGUUUCUGCUGAACCUCAGCUUGAGAGAAACCUCCUGUCCAAAUCACCUCCAAGCCAUAGCCUACGAGAUACGACUCCAGCGGUGUCACCAUUUGCCAAACUGCCAAUCCCAGUGGUGCCAAUUGACAGAAAGGGAAAAGCAGACGUGAGUGAGAUGCUCAGUAGCUCCAAACUACUCAAGAACCACCAAAGUACCAUUGUGUCAACCGUAAGCCCAAGUGUAACUACCACACCAGAACUGAGUACUGUGAAAGAUGAGAAGUCUGUUGCUGUGCCAAUUGAAACCAAGAUGGAGAAAUGCAGUGUUCAGAAUGCAGUAAACAUUGAAAAUCACCCAGCCUCUGCUCAUGCUUCAACCAAUGUAAUUAGUGCAAUAAAUCUGAGACCGUCAUCUUUGAGGAGAAAUAUACCUUCCACAGAUGAAAAACAAAAAAAACAGUCCGGGACUCUUCAGCCAGGUAGCACAGCAUUGGCUGUUUGUCUUGGAAAUCACACUCCGACAGAAUCCAUAAAGCACCAGAGAACUGGAUCGUUCCACUUCAGUGUCUCCUCAGACAAGAAUCAAGAGCGGCCGAGGACCGCAAGUUUCACUGGAGUGGUUGGACAAGCUGGGUUUAAAAAUAAACCUCCAUGUCCUGUCAAACCUCCUUUACAUUUCAAGAUAGAGAGGCUAGCAAGUUCACAAGUUGUGAAAACAGUAAAAGACACAUGCCCUAACAUACCACCAGCUUCAAAGAAGGAAGACCAAAUGGACACUUCUCCAGCGAUGCCAACAAAGUUCACAGAUCUAGCAAAGAGUCGCCCUCGGGCCUUGGAUGUGGAGGAGAGUCAAGACCACGAGAAGAAGGAAACUGGGGUCGAGGUUACAGAAGAAGGAGUACUGGAGGUGGAGGUGACGGAAGAGGCACGUGAGGGUGUCAUGAAAGACACGACUAUGGGGAAAGAGAGAGAGGCUACAAAUGCAUUCGGAGUUAAACUUCGAUCUACCUCUCUUUCGCUAAAAUUUGGCUUGGACAAAGCACAAUCAGAAGACAAAGUAAAAAUUCACAAUGUUGAAGUCAGUGCGGCGAUUUCACCUUCGGCCUCUCAGUCUGAUUCAAGCAUCGUCGUGGAACCUGAAGACCAGUGCAUUGGCAUGAGGUCUACAGGAGUCCAUACUAAACUCAAAGACUCUCCUCUACAAACUGAUGCAUCCUCAACUUUGGUUCAUUCCUUCAGUUCGCCACCUAAGAGUUUCUGUAGGGACAAAGAGAGAGCUGGCGUCCUCGGACAGGCUGCCAGCAAAUCCACUAAGAUUGUACAUUCACCAGCUAAAGAAGAUGCAGACGUGCCCCCAGAAGAGACUACGGCGGGAUCCUCUCAGGAGAACGCACCAACAUCUACAGCUUCAGAGGUGUCCUGGAUGGAGAUGGCCAGAGAGAAGACCAGAAGUCUCCAGCAGCUCUUUACCAGUAAGCUGCCUGAGUUCCCCAGCUGGCAAUCACCAUCAACAACCUUGACCACAACACAACCACAAACCCAAACAUCCACUUCACAAACCAAGAAUCCAACAAUCGCACAGAACAUUUCAAGCCAGCCGACAACUACACCUUCAGCAAACUCAACUCAGACAACCACUAGUGAGUCUCAAAAUGACAGUUCCAGAGAAGUCCAGAUUCUGUCCAAGACUCAAAUUUGUAAUUCGACAACAAAACCAAGCCACUCUACAGUUACAUGCACACCACUCAUCCAGCCGUCAUCACCACUGCGAGCAGCAUCACAGACCCCCUCACAGGCUAUACUGCGUCCCACACCGCCCCCAGGUCACCCACAUCUGUCGUCAAGCCCAAAGAUAACGUCCCACCUAGUGUCCCGACAGUCUGCCAAUACUGUCUCAAAGGAUCAGCCUCAGAAUGAGGGCAGAGCGCCAGCCGUAUUUUCAGGGAAGGCUGACCGGUUGUCUGCGUCUCAGGGGAAGGGGACCGGGUCUGAAGAUGGCAGACCCGUGUGGGCAGCAGGAUCAGGAAACAAGACCUCGCUCUUACAGCGCUGGGAGAACCAAACCACUGUGACAACAGAGACAGGUGAGCUGAACUCCACAGCAGACUCCCGAACCACAUCUCAAUCUACAGUUCCUCUCAGACCGAUGUCAAAAGUCUCGGGCACAGGAUUCGACUCAGGUUUAUCAAUGCAAGCAUCGGUCUCUUCUGUUCCCACGAGGUCAGCAGACAGAGAGAAUAAAUCACCAUCAUCAUCCCCUUCAUCUUCUCCUCUGCAGUCUGUGCGUAACAAUGCCCAACCAUCCUGGAUGGAGCUGGCCAAGAGGAAAUCCCUGGCAUGGAGUGAUAAGACUAUGGACUAAAAAAACAUAUGCACAUGGAGAUUUACAAGUGCAAGGAAUAACUAUUCUGAGUUGGAUGCUGAGGUUGGAGGAUCUGAGGGCAUUUUCAUGCUAUCAUUUCCUAAGUUGCAUCCGAGCAGUUGUACUUGAGGCAGAGGUUUGCUCCGUGUGAGCUUCAGUAGACUUGAAGUUGAUGUUAAUGCAGUGUGUUCUGGAAGUGAACCACUGUUGCUUAUGUAUAUUAUUGAAGGAAAGUUGCACAUUCAUCAGUCAGUAAACCUCCUAAUAGUGUUUAUCUUCUAAAAGCUCAUGUGAGCUGCUUACGUUCUCUCCAUGUGAAGAAUGAAUGUAUGCACAGGAGUUAAGUACCAACGAAACAGAAAGGAGAAGUUAAUGUUGUGAGCUUUAAAGUCGUGUUCUCUUGUAACUCUGGCUAACAGCUGCUGGUAAUGUAUUUUGUAAAUGCACCACAGUGCAGCACAAUAAAAAACACUGAGAAAGUAGAUCAGAGGUGGAAGGGGAGGGAAACAAAUUCAGGUUCAGACUCAAUCAAAAGCACCCUGAGUGAGAUCUCAGGACAGAUACAUAUGGUACCGUGUGUUUUACCCACUCGCAUGUGUUCAGACACACAACAACAGUAUACAGUACUUGCCUCCCAUGUAAUGUGUUCCUCAAUGUUUCUCAGGUUUAACAC